AUGGACCUCAGAGCCUCCAUCUCCUUUCUUGUGCUACUGCUUGGCCUGUCCAAGGCUCUGCCUGUCAUGGAUGACGGUGAUGAGAAUGAUAUUUUUUCAGAGGAGCCCGACAGUUUGGACUUAACUACACAGAUUCUGGAACUCAACAAUGCCUCCAGUGAGCUUCUAGUGGAAGGAGAUCUUGUUGUGCCAAGAACCAGGACUGCUGUGGCUUGCCUGAACAACAACUGCUUAUGGAGGAAGUCUUCUAAUGGGAAAGUUGAGGUGCCUUUCACAGUGAGCCCUAAUUUCUCUUACUAUGCUAGGAUGAAAAUUGAAAAUGCCAUGGCAACCUUUAACAGAAAAACCUGUGUUCAGUUUGUUGCUCGCUCAACUCUACAUCAGCGUGACUACAUCAGCAUUGAGGACAGAGAUGGGUGCUUCUCAAGCCUUGGGAGGACAGGUGGCAAACAGGUGGUCUCAAUCAGCAGCUUUGGAUGUGUUUACAACGGCAUCAUCCAGCAUGAACUCAACCAUGCUCUGGGCUUCUACCAUGAACAAACCAGGAGUGACAGAGACCAGUAUGUGAAAAUCAACUGGGAAUACAUCCACCCACAAACGGUUUACAACUUUCAUAAACAAAACACCAACAACCUGAACACUCCAUAUGACUACUCUUCUGUGAUGCAUUAUGGGAGAACUGAUUUCACAACCCAGUAUGGAAAGGAGACAAUCACUCCAAUUCCAAACCCAAAUGUGCAAAUUGGACAGAGACGUGGAUUGUCCACUACUGACAUCCUGAGGAUCAACAAACUCUAUGAAUGCUGUGAGUAUGACCUCCUGCAUCAUAUGGUGUGCACACAGCACCGUGCCAGAGGGACGGCAGCCAGCUCCUCCACCUGGUUUUUGGCCGUUAGCUCUCGUCUGCUCGGGGCCAACGGCGAACGGCUCCGCUCCACACCCUGA